AUGACUCACAAAGAAUUUCCAGCUCUUAGUGCUGACAACAAAGAUCUCCUAGUAGAGGAACUUCUCCAAUGGUGCUUGGCCAAUGGGUUGGUCAUGUACCCGCCCAACUUCCACAAGUUUUCUGCCAACAACGCUCCCAUCACAUUGUUCCCAACUCCCUUUCCCAAGGACAUGUUUGAGCGUGCAGUCGCGGUCCAAAAACUGUUCAAUUCAUUGUAUGCCAGCGUGGUGGCUCGCCAGAAACCCUGGCUUUUGGAGGUGGUCAGCAAAUUGGCUGUUUUUGACGCCGGCUUCACGGGCAAACUCUAUGAAACCUACACCAAGGCUGUCGAAAUAGGCGGCGGGUCGGUGGUGCAGCCGUUGACUUUGGGGGUGUUCCGCUCAGAUUAUAUGUACGACGAGUUGACCCAUGCUAUCAAGCAGAUCGAAUUCAACACUGUGUCUGUCUCCUUCGGUGGCUUGUCCUCCAAAGUAGGCCAUGCCCACACGUACUUAAACAAACGCGGGAGCUACGACGACAAGUACUCGCAAAAGUUUUACCAAGAUGAAGAGCUUCCGAUCUCCAAGUCCAUUUCUGAGAUCGCGCUGGGUCUAGCUAAGGGCAACUUCUUCUAUAAUGAUCACAAGGAAAACACCAGCACUGUGAUUUUGUUUGUGGUUCAAAAUGGCGAGCGCAACUGCUUUGAUCAAAGGCAUAUCGAGUACGAGUUGCUAGAGAAACAUGGCUUGAAAUCGUACAGACUCAGUCUCGAGCAGAUCCAAGAGCACACCACCAUCAAUCAAGGAAACUUGUAUAUCAAGCUGACGAUGGAUGAGGUCUCUGUGGUGUACUAUAGAUCGGGAUACGCGCCUCUGGACUACGAGAGUAAUCCAGAAGCCACAUGGGACGCCAGACUCCAUCUCGAAUCUACGAAAGCAAUAAAAUGUCCGUCUCUUUUGACUCAGCUCUCAGGUGCAAAGAAAAUACAGCAGGUCUUAACUGUGCCUGAGGUUGUAAGAUCGUUUUUGCCUGAUAUAUCCACCAAGGAACUCGACAACCUCUUAUCGACUUUUGUGAAAAUCUACCCUCUCGAUGAUUCGGCGGAAGGGACAGCAGCAAAAAAGCUAGCUUUUGAAUCUCCGGAGAAGUUUGUAUUGAAACCACAACGUGAGGGCGGUGGUAACAAUGUCUACAAGCAAAACAUCCCUGGCUUCUUAAAAUCAUUAAACGAGAAGGAUUGGGGCGCUUACAUUUUGAUGGAACUUAUCAAUCCGCCAACACAUGGGAACACCAUCUUGAGGAAUGACGAGUUGUACCAAGAAGACAUAAUAUCUGAGUUGGGAAUUUUCGGGAACGUGGUGUUCAACGAAAACACUGGCGAUGUGCUCUUGAAUGAGAAUGCGGGAUUUUUGUUGAGGUCCAAGUUUAGCUCUAGUGACGAAGGAGGAGUGGCGGCAGGUUUUGGUUGCGUUGAUAAUGUCUACCUCUACUAA